AUGAUGCGAACUGUGGUUGUGAGCAGUUUUCGUCAGGAAAAAUGCAGUUCAUGUUACAUUUACCCAGCUUUCACCUGCUUAUUGCGAUAAUUUGUCAAAAGCUAUCGAUGGUUUGAAGGUUAGUUAGACUCCCGAAAAAAAUGCUUAUGAAAUCAAAAUCAAUUUAAAAUUCAGCUGGAAUACCAAAGUUCGAUUGCUGCGCUUCGAGAAGAUUUGCGUCGCACCGAUGAUCGUUUUCAGAAACAAUUGGAUGAAAUAAACGUUGCGCACAAUAAAGAAGUUGAACGACUUCUGAAUAUCAUUCAAACUUUUUUAUCGAAGGUGCCAACACCAGUAGCAGCUCCUUCACCAGCAAUUGUAGCACAUCCACAACAGCAACAAGCAAUGCUUGCCCAACAACAAAAUGCCUUCGCUAAUGAUGCAGAAUCAACAUCCAAAGAAUCAACAAACAUCCAACAUCCCAACAUCCAACAUGCAAAGACAAAUGCAAGAAUUGCAGCUCAAAUACAAUCCCAAUGA